AUGGAGGCCUUGAACCUGGUGGCGAAAUUCUUCGUGCAAACGCCCUUGAAUGCCAACAUCACGUAUGCCGAAUUUCAGGCAAUGUCGUUUGCUGGCCGAGUCAAGGCGCAAAACUGGAGUUUGGAGUUGGUAACUUCAGUGAUGGUGGCCUCGUUUGUGGGUGCUUACAUAUUAGGGAAUUGGUACAACACCAAGAAGGCCAACAAUUUUUUCAAUGGAUUGAAAGGAGUGCUCAAUGAAAACUUUGCACAAGUUGGUGUCUCCCCUGACCCCAAAGCUCCACAGCUUGAGAAAGACACGCCCGAACAAUUCACGGGUUACGCUACCGGACGGGAAAACAUAGCUAGUGUCGCUUUUCAGUUUACUUUGCAAGCGAGGCAAAACUUCCUUGUCUGGUUUUUUGAAUUUGUUCUUUCUUUCUUCUUUCCGUCGAUCCCUAAGCCCGAGGACACUUGCGAGAUUACGAUUUAUCCACUGCAACAAUAUGACAACUUCAUCGCGGGGAUUGUAAACAAGAAUGGGAUGAACGAUCAUCGUCAAAAGAAUUUCUACCUUUCGCUUACCACCACGAAUGACUCGUCGCUAUUGCCUGUGGAAUUUGUUUACAUGACUGAAGUUAAUGAGUUGGCCGAGCGCAUCACCACCGAUAAAAUCAAAAACAACUUAUUCAAGUCUUUGCGCUAUGUUGCUUUCACAGAUUUACCAGUUUCCAAACCUGAAGAAAUCGCUGAUUUGAUUCCUAGACGUCGCAUUGUCGUGUCUGUGGACAUCACUUCCGACAAGGCUCAACUUGCUCAAUUAUCCGAACUUCUUGAAGGUCUUUUCGAAGUAGUUGAUGGGUUGGCUGCUAAUGAAAUCAAGAUACGGCCCGAAACUUUGAAGAAGAUCGUCAAGACUAGAGAUAACGAGGUGAACAAGAUUCGUAAGCUUUUGGACGAAGACCGCGAACUACGCAAACAAGAGGAAGCCGCUCAAAAGCUCCGUGAAGAAGCCGAAGCUCGGAGAAGGUUGAGUCCGCAAGAGCAAUUAAAGUUGGAGAAGAAAGAGCAGGAGAAGAAGAGAAAGAAGAUGUUAAAGAAGCAACAGCAACGCGUGAGAAUGUAA